AUGAGUGCAAGCUCCUCAACUGUGGACCAAGUGUCCAUUGGAACCGACGAAGACACAGUGGACAAGAAUGCGACUUUCCACGAUAAGUCGACGUGGCCUAUGUCGUCCGAAGUCCAAAUGAUGCGCGAUCGAGACGAACAAGGCGGCGAAAAGCCCAAGAAACUUGGCGUGAGCUGGACGAAUCUUACAGUCAAGGGCCUCGGCGCCGACGUGAACUUCAACGAGAACGUCCUGUCACAACUCUACCCUUUCCACAAAAGCAACAAAACCGAGCCGAUUAAGACCAUCAUUGAUAACUCAAACGGAUGUGUCAAGCCUGGGGAGAUGUUACUGGUCCUUGGCCGCCCUGGGUCAGGCUGUACGACAUUGCUCAACAUCCUCGCCAAUAACUGCCGUGGCUACGAAGAGGUUAGCGGAGACGUCCACUACGGAAGUAUGAUGGCCGACGAAGCGAAACAAUACCGUGGGCAGAUCAUUAUGAACACUGAGGAGGAGAUCUUCUUCCCAACCCUUUCUGUCGAGGCAACUAUCGACUUUGCCACCCGUCUCAAGGUUCCCUUUCAUCUUCCACCCGGGAUGAAGACGCGUAAGGAGUAUGCGGACUUGUACAAAGACUUUCUCUUGCGAUCUGUCGGUAUCUCGCACACUGCCAAAACGAAAGUCGGCGACGCUUUCAUCCGCGGUGUCUCGGGAGGAGAAAGGAAGCGUGUAUCGAUCCUCGAAUGCAUGACGACUCGGGCAAGCGUGUUUUGCUGGGACAACUCAACCCGAGGUCUCGAUGCCAGCACUGCUUUGGAGUGGAUCAAGGCUAUUAGAGCCAUGACGGACAUCCUCGGUCUUACCACUAUCGUUACACUGUACCAAGCAGGAAACGGCAUUUAUGAGCAUUUUGACAAGGUGCUUGUUCUUGAUGAGGGCAAGCAGAUCUUCUAUGGACCCCAGAAGGCUGCUGUUCCUUUCAUGCAGGGCUUAGGCUUCAUGAGGGAUGGUGGCUCCAACCGAAGUGAUUUCCUGACGGGUGUGACUGUUCCUCACGAGCGAGUCAUUGCGCCUGGUUAUGAAAACACAUUCCCUCGCACAGCUGAUGCGGUCCGCAGCGCUUACGAUCAAUCCGCUAUCUCCUCCGAGAUGCUCCAAGAAGCUCGUACCUACGCGAAAACCCAGGAAGCCAACGACAACACCGCCGUCUUCAAGGAAAUGGUUGCUCGAGAGAAGUACAAGGGAGUCCCCAAGAACUCACCUAUCACGGCCGAUUUUCUUACUCAGGUCAAGACUGCCACUACCAGGCAAUACCAGAUCCUUUGGGGAGAUAAGAAGACCAUGUUCGUGAAGCAAGGUGCCACUGUCGUGCAGGCUCUUGUCGGCGGGUCUCUGUUCUACAAUGCCCCCGACAAUUCUGCUGGUCUGUUUCUGAAGGGAGGUGCCCUGUUCUUCUCUAUCUUGUACCCUGCCCUCAUCGCCCUCUCUGAAGUUACGGAUUCUUUUACUGGCCGACCUAUCUUAGCCAAGCAACGUCAGUUUGCGUUGUAUCACCCUGCCGCCUUCGUCAUUGCCCAUGUCGUCGCUGAUCUACCUAUCCUACUAUUCCAAGUAUCUCAUUUCGGCAUCGUUCUCUACUUCAUGGUUGGCCUCAAGGCUACUGCUGGUGCAUUCUUCACGUACCUGAUCAUCAACUAUGUAUCAGCGCUAUCCAUGACAUCCUUCUACCGUUUCGUCGGCGCCGCCUUUCCCACCUUUGACGCCGCGACGAAGGUCUCUGGUCUUGCAACUGCUACCCUGUUCGUUUACAUGGGGUACAUGAUUGUCAAGCCUGAGAUGCAUCCGUGGUUUGGGUGGAUCUUUUGGAUUAAUCCCAUGGCUUAUGCAUUUGAUGCCUUGCUGUCCAACGAGUUCCAUGGUCAGACCAUUCCCUGUGUUGGUCCGUACCUUGUGCCUAACGGUCCGGGGUAUAUGGAAGGACAGGGCGGUCAAGCUUGUGCUGGAGUAGGCGGUGCGCUUCCCGGUGCGACGAGCGUUACCGGCGAGCAGUAUCUGAGUCAUAUGUCAUUCGCCAAAAGUCAUAUCUGGCGUAACUUUGGAAUCAUCUGUGCGUGGUGGGUUCUCUUCGUUGGCCUGACGAUCUUCUUUACCAACGGCUGGAAGCAAGUCGGCGAAGGUGGCCGCAGCUUGCUCAUCCCUCGGGAACAACAACGCAAGUCCAAGCACCUGGUCCAACCCGCCGCUGAUGAGGAAUCGUCGUCUUCUGAGAAGACCAAGGCCAACUCCCCGUCUGAUACCAACAGCAACAUUGAGAACAACCUUAUUCGUAAUAAGAGCAUCUUCACAUGGAGGAAUUUGACAUAUACUGUCAAAACCUCCGAUGGCGACCGCGUGCUUCUGGAUGGUGUACAGGGUUACGUCAAGCCCGGCAUGCUUGGUGCUCUGAUGGGGGCUUCUGGCGCCGGCAAGACCACGCUCCUCGAUGUCCUCGCACAACGGAAAACCGAGGGAACCAUCCAUGGAUCGGUCUUAGUUGAUGGUCGGCCUAUCUCAGUUUCGUUCCAACGUUCCGCUGGUUAUGUCGAACAGCUAGAUGUCCACGAACCGCUCGCAACCGUCCGAGAAGCUCUCGAAUUCUCGGCCUUAUUGCGCCAGCCCUCUGAUGUAAGCAAGGAAGACAAGCUACGAUACGUUGAUACUAUCGUUGACCUUCUUGAAUUGAACGACCUCGAACACACCCUUGUCGGACGACCAGGAAACGGUCUUUCUGUCGAACAACGCAAGCGUCUCACCAUUGGUGUCGAGUUAGUUGCAAAACCGAGCAUCCUUAUUUUCCUCGACGAGCCUACGUCUGGACUCGAUGGACAGGCUGCGUACAACACCAUUCGCUUUCUUCGGAAGCUCUCUGCGGCAGGACAAGCUAUCUUGGUUACCAUUCAUCAGCCAUCAGCGCAGCUGUUUAGGCAGUUCGACACGCUUUUACUGCUGGCCAAGGGAGGCAAGACUGUCUAUUUCGGCGAUAUCGGUGACAAUGCUUCCACUAUCAAGUCUUAUUUCGGUCGUCACGGUGCUCCAUGCUCACCCGAAGCUAACCCUGCUGAACAUAUGAUCGACGUGGUUUCAGGUAAUGGUCCAGCCAGCCACAACAAGGACUGGAACAAGAUCUGGCUUGAAUCGCCUGAACAUGAUGCUUUGACCAAGGAACUGGACCAUAUGGUUGAAGAUGCUCUCUCUCAACCUUCGCGCGCGAACGAUGACGGGCGUGAGUUUGCCGCCUCCAUGUGGACUCAAGUCAAGCUAGUCACGCAUCGCAUGAAUGUCUCGCUCUUUCGUAACACCGAGUAUAUCUACAAUAAGCUGGCCAUGCACGUCCUGCUAGCCUUUCUCAACGGCUUCACCUUUUGGAAGAUUGGAGACAGUCUUACCGAUCUUCAGCAGAACCUCUUUACUGUUUUCAACUUUAUCUUCGUUGCACCCGGUGUUAUUUCCCAAUUGCAGCCUCUCUUCAUUGACCGUCGCGAUAUCUACGAGGCCCGCGAGAAGAAGAGUAAGAUGUAUCACUGGGCGCCUUUUGUUGCCGGCCUGAUUGUCUCGGAGUUCCCAUACUUGAUCGUUGCAGCUUUGUUGUAUUACGUUUGUUGGUAUUUUACUGCUGGCCUACCCACUGGUCCCAACCAAGGUGGCAGUGUUUUCUUUAUUGUCGUGCUCUAUGAAUUCAUAUACACUGGAAUCGGACAGAUGAUUGCGGCAUACGCCCCCAACGCUGUGUUUGCAUCUCUUGUGAACCCGUUAGUCAUUACUACGCUGGUCUCUUUCUGCGGCGUCAUGGUACCAUAUGGUCAAAUUACAGCCUUCUGGAGAUACUGGAUCUACUACCUUGACCCUUUCAACUACGUAAUGGGCUCCUUACUCAUCUUCACGACCUGGGACAAGCCUGUCAAAUGCAAGGAAGACGAGCUCACCAUCUUCGACCCGGCUCCCAACAAGACCUGCGGCGCCUAUCUUUCGGCUUAUAAGCAGGGCAUGGGAGUGGGCAUCAACCUCCUCAACCCCGACGCCACCUCGUCCUGCCGUGUCUGCCAAUACACUGAAGGAGGAGAUUAUCUGAAGUCAAUGAACCUCAACGCGGAGUGGUAUGGAUGGAGGAACGCGGGCAUCUGUGCCAUCUUCGCAGUUGGCUUUUAUGGGCUUGUGUUUUUGAUGAUGAAGCUCAGGACCAAGGCUACUAAGAGGGCUGAGUCUUAA